CAAAUUAUGUUGCUGCAGGUAGACUAUUGAUGGAGAGGCACCCAUCUAUAGUUUGGACUCCAUGUGCUACUCAUUGCAUUGACCUCAUGUUGGAGGAUACUGGAAAAAUCCCAUGGGUCAAGAGAUGUGUAGAAAGGGCAAGAAAUGUUUGCAAAUUUGUAUAUAAUCAUUCAUGGGUGUUGGCUCUUAUGAGACAAUACACAAAGCAGAAGGAGUUGCAUCGUCCAGGAAUCACAAGAUUUGCCACAAACUUCCUCACAUUGCAGUCCAUGCUUAGGUCUAAGCCUGCCUUGAGACGUAUGAUUGUUGGUGAGGAGUGGUCUUCCUCAUCCUAUGCUACCACCCCUGCAGGGAUAGAGAUGGCAGACUGCAUUUUUGAUGAGCAAGGCUUUUGGGUCCCUUGUGAUGAGAUAGUGAAGUUUGUUAAGCCCUUGGUGGUUUUGUUGCGAGUUGUGGAUGGAGAUAAGCCUGCAAUGGGCUAUAUAUAUGAGGGCAUGGAUAGGGUGAAGGAGGCCAUCAAAUUCGUCUAUGGAGCAGAUGAGAGCAAGUAUGGCUAA